AUGGUACCUGUUCUUUCGGACAUGUACGGUCGCAUCUUCAAUGCGGGUCAGCAGGUACAACAAGAACCGGGUACUCCGGCGAAUGACAAUGCCGAUGAUAAUAACAGUGCGGGCAGCGCACUAGACCGCCAGCGCAGUCUACCGCAGCCGCCGCUGGAGCCAACACUUCCGCCAGGGUGCGUGCCUUUGCUGGAGACGCACGGCUACGCUCAUCGGCGUCACACGCAGCAGCGUCGGGGCCGCAGCACGUCGUUCGCAGGCACCCAGAGCGGUCACUGCACGGCCAUGGGGCGGCAGUCAAGCGAGCCCCCAGCUGUGGGCAGCUCAUCAGGAGACGUGGUGCUGCGGCCCGUGUCGCCGCUGAGGCCUUCGGCGGUGCUGGCGAGGCUGCUGUUGGUGCUGCUGGCGGCGCCGCUGCUGCUGCUGGGACUUCACGCCACGCUGCUUCUGGUGCUGGCCGCCGCGGCGCUGCUGUCGUGCACACACGGCCACUGGCGGCGCGCCGGCGUGCCCCACCACCGCCCACUCCCGCUGGUGGGAAGCCUGGGCCCACUGCUGCUGCACGCCACCUCCCCGCCACACUUGCUGGCCGACCUCCACCUGAACCCUCCUGCGGCCCACCGCGACUGCCCGCUCGUCGGCUUCUACAUCUUCGACAGGCCGGCUCUGCUAGUGCGCGAUCCCGACCUGGUGCGGCAGCUGCUGGUCAAGGACUUCGCUGACUUCCCUGACCGCCACACGGAGGCGCGGCCUGAGGACUCGAUGGGCUGCCUCAACAUGUUCGGCGCGCGUGCUGCGCUCUGGCGGCGGCUGCGCGCGGCCACGUCGCCCGCUUUCACGGGAGCGCGCAUGCGCGGGAUGUUGCCGCAGGUGGACCGGUGCGCAUGUGCGAUGGUACAGCGCCUCCUGGAGACGGGAGCCGGCGGGACGCAGCCCGUCAAGGUUCGGGACGUCGCCAGCAGAUGCAUCACUGACAUACUCACCAGCUGCUUGUUUGGUGUGGAGGGCGGCGCGCUGUCGGGGGAGAGCCGUGGCUGGAACGACGCGGUGCGGGGCGUGUUCGGGUUCUCGCCGCGGCGCGCUCUGGAGGUGCUGUCGGUGUUCGUGGCUCCGCAGCUGCGCCCGCUGCGGCUGUUCGCGCCGAGAUUCUUCGGCGCCGCCCCCGAGAGCUUCUACCGGCACGCCUUCGCGGAGCUCUCCGAGCAUCGGCGAUCGGCGGCGGAAACCGGCAAGCCGGCGCACGUGUUAGACAUGCUGAUGGCGUUCGCUCGCAGAGAGGGCGGUCUGGAGCUGUGCACAGCGCAGGCGUCCAUCCUGGUGACGGCGGGCUCCGAGACGACGGCGACGACGCUGACCUGCUGCCUGUACGAGCUGGCCGCCAACCCGGCGCUGCAGGAGCGCCUGCGGCACGAGGUCAGGGAAGGGCUCGGGCCGCUCCCCUCCUACCAGCAGAUCGCCGCCAUGACCUACCUGCACAUGGUCGUCGCAGAGACGCUGCGCAAGUACCCGGCGCUGCCGUACGUGGAGCGGCGUUGCCGGCGGCCGCGCAGCCUGGACGCGUGCGCAGGUUCGGGUGCGGGGGUUCCCCUGGAGGCGGGCACGCCGCUGUUCGUCUCCACACUAGGCCUGCACCACGACCCGCGCUUCUUCCCGCAGCCCGACCGCUUCGACCCAGAGCGCUUCUCAGAGGACGCCUGCCGCACCCGACACCCCUACUGCUACGCGCCCUUCGGCCACGGACCACGCAGCUGUGUCGGCAUGCGGCUGGGCCUGCUGGCGGUGAAGCUGUGCGUGGCGCGCGUCGUCAGCUCGCUGCGCGUCUCGCUGGCGCCGGACACCCCGCAGCUGCGGACCAGUGCGCUCUCGCUCCUGCUCACCCCAGUGGGAGGCGUGCCGCUGAUCUUCACGCCGCUCCGCGACCAGUCCUGACCGCCUCCAGGAGUCUGCGGCAUCAGCCACACCACCUACACUUUGCGGCGACUGCAGAGCACUCGUGAGGCGUCGCCGACGAUUCCGGCAGCGUCGGUGACAGACUCACCUGGCUCACAGCCCAGGGGAAACCUUUUCUGACUUUCAUAAUUGACAGUACGUCUCAGGAAACUGUGAUCUCCGUUGGUAUAAUGAAUGAGAAACACCGUCUGCAGCAAUAUCUUUGGUUAUCAAUGAUGAUUGGUUUCGAUCUGACUACCGGAUCCUCUUCAGAUCUAAACUGGGAAAAGAAAUAGUAAGGUGUGUUAAUAUGACAGCUGUCUGAGUGUAACACUAUAAAUGAUAUCGAGAAUGAUACUACAAAUAACAAAAAACCACCGCGAAUAUAUUCCUACCUUGCACUACAAGGUGCAGUUUGUCAGUCGUGCAAUGAAUGUAAAAUACAUAAAAGAGACACAAAAAGCAAGGGGGAAGGUUACAUAGUCAGCCACGUGUCAUGAGCACCCUCACACCAUUAAUCAGCACAUUGUUUCAGUGCAAAGAUUAUUCUUACAAUAUAAAAUAAAUUAUUAAAAUCGAAAAUAUUUCAACUUAAUAGAUGUCAAUAUGAAUGAUGCGUUACAAGAUAAAACUAAAAAUACAAAUGUCACUCAAUUUAGUACGGUAUGUGUGUAUCCUAGUGGCCAAUAUGUUCUCCCACACUAUCCUUGCCUAAUCCUUAUAGUGUGCUAUCAUACACUGGCACAGACCGACAGGUAUAGUAUCCCUACUGCUGUCUGGUUUUAAAAGGUUAACGUUUAUGUGCAUAGGAAUUUAUUUGUCUGUACCUGUUAUUGAAUCUGACUGUAACAAUAUUUAUUUAAAGCUUCUGCAACAUG